GGCCUAGGCUAAAUAGCUCCCGGAGUGAUCUUUAGGCGUAUUCGGGAGACACCGUGCACGGAGUCAACACGUGGCUGUGAAGUUCGUCACAGUUUAUACCGCGAUUGUUUAACAGUGGUGUGCGUCGCUGACGCCUUUAUAACAUGGAAACUCAACAAGUUGAAAACAUGGACUGUUGUCCUGACAAGGUGAUUCCACCUGAGAACUUUGAAGAUUUGAUUACAAGGCUUCGUGACAUAUUUCAGUCUGACAAAGUCAAUAUUGACUACGUCAAAAGCCUCAUGAGUGCAUAUAAGAGCGACAGGAAUGAGUGGAAAAAAUACGCGAAAUUUGACCGCAACAGAUACACAAGAAACUUGGUGGACAUCGGAAACGGGAAGUACAACCUGAUCAUGCUGUGUUGGAAUGAGUCACAGGGAAGUAGUAUCCAUUCACAUGCCAAUUCCCACUGUUUCAUGACAGUCCUGGACGGCACGCUCCAAGAGGAGUUCUACGACUGGCCCAGCGGUUCUGAGGAGGAAACGGAAAUGUCCCCUGUAGGCAUUAACGCCUAUAACAAAGGCCAGACUGCUUACAUCAGUGAUGAACUCGGCCUUCAUCGGGUAGAAAACCCGAGUCACUCCGAUCGGGCCAUCAGUCUCCAUCUUUAUUCCCCUCCAUUCGAUGAAUGCAACUGUUUCGACCAGAAGACCGGGCACUGCACAACAUCCAAGGUCACCUUCUGGUCUAAAUUCGGCAAGAGGACGCCUUUUGGACGGGCGGAGACUGCAAUGGCAGCCGAAAACAACUAGAACGUCAUCUGAGGCUUCUGCGACGGCAGCCAGCGUUCCCAGAUUUACAAGGGAGAAGAAGCCCUGUGUAUUUCAGUUAGAAAUUUAGACAUUCCUCUGCAGGGAUUAAUUGUAGAGAAAGCAUAACGUAUAACGUGUCCAGGGUUGUAUGAAUGAUAUUAUCAUAAACAGCCUGGAACAAGUCCACCUAAUUUUCCGGAAGUGACGUCAACAUUUUCUUAUCGCUUAUCAAUCAUUUGGCAAUGGAAGUAUCUCGCUCAUGCGUGUGAUUUGAUUGGACAACAUCUUCACCAUACCAUUUGAUUCAAGAUAACAGAGAAAUUAUACUAGCAGAAUAGUCCGUAUUUUCACAAGAAUGACAAUGCAAAACCCUGGAUACAAGAGGAUGGUAUUGUAGUAUACCUAUUAUGUAGAUUUGAUUUUAUCUAAAUACAUAUAUAUGCCUUUGUCAACCACGUCUAUGUUUACGAUAUAAUUGGGCAAGACUAUUUUUUCUUGGUAGUGAAUAAUCUAGGGGUGAAGAAAAAUAUUAUAAGUUUUCCUUGGAAAAAAUAUGUUUUAGUCGCAAUAUAUAUUAUGGAUUAUUUUUAUUGUUGAAGCGACGCUUAUAAAAAUAUUGUGAUUUAUUUUGUUUAGAUUUAUAUGCCUGUUAAUCCGUAAAUCAAGCAAACUAUAUAACAUAAAGUCCGGUUUAUAUUUAUAGUUCUGUUGCAACCUAAUUCCCAAAUUGCUCUGUUAAUGGGAGAAGUCCUAUGUAAUCUUGUUAAACUGGUUUACUAGUGAAAUAACCAGCAUGAUUAUUCGUACUAGAACUUUAAAUCAACUUAAGUUAAAUUCUUUGUGAAAUUCUGUUCUUUCAUGUUUCAGAUAAUCUGUUCUUCAGCGUUGAAUAUGAAUUUGAAUUGAAUAUUGAA